AUGCGCUUUCGUCUCUUUUUGCUUCUUCCAACAAACCCUCUUGGUGUGGCUGAAAAUGUCGCCAUACUCGACGUGACUGCUUUUGGUUUCAUGUGUGCCCGUUGGACGUGGAAGCACAAAGAAACACUUCAAACGAAAGACGUAGCCGCCGACAAACGCCCAAAGCCGAGGAUCACAAGGGUCUCGAUGCCAAACAGCUGGCGGAUGCAGAAACGCCUCGCUCUCCCUGUCUACACAAAUGCAAGCAACGAAGCGGCCGAAGACGGGCGUGCCACGUAA